ACAAAAACAAAAUGUAAUGUACUCCGUCUUAAUCUUCAGUAAGUAGUCUCACACAGAUGUCAACAUUGUCUAUAGCUCUAUGUAUUGCUCACACGCCACUAAGUGACACCAUUUAUGACACACUUACAAAAUAACCUAGGUAGUAUCCUGACGUUUACCUUGCCAUUUACAAUGUGGACAAACUGCAAUCACAACAUUUUUUCAGGCCAAGAGAGAAACACGCCUACAUGAAAGCGUCUUCAGAGCUCCAACAAAAAGCGGUUAGGAGCUAUUGUGAAGCGUCACUAUGACUCACCACAGAAACCUGCACUAACUAUCAAAAGCUGGGAUUUCAUGAGCUGGACACAGCAAGAAACAACUUUCCUGAUGAUGGCAGAUCACGGAGACCUGUGCGAUGGGCAGGAAGCCACCUAUUGCAUGAAUGGAGGAACGUGCUACAAAAUACCUGCCAUGAAUACACUCUCCUGUGUGUGCAAAGACAAUUUCAAAGGCAGCCGAUGUGAGCAGUUCCACCUCUUCAGCUCUAACCCCAAUGCAGGGCAAGCUGGGUUAAUGGCAGCCGUGAUCAUUGUUAUCGUCCUCAUCUUAGUGGUACUGGCAGUUGCUAUCUACUACAUACGCAAGAUGUUGAAAGCCAAGCAACAGAGCCGACAGAACAAUCCGCAACAGUAUUGGAAAGUAAAACCCAGAGUAUGAUAUUUCUUCUGAUGUACACUUGUUUCUCUUUUGGCUAUGUGUUGGGUGCGAUGAUGAUAUAAUUCUCAGAGAUGAGUGUCACUUACCUUAUUGGACUUGGUACUGUUUUGGGUGUGACUAUAAAAGGCCAAUAGGCAGGAGAAAAACUGCUGCACUGACCUUAAAGCUGAAGUCGGUAACAUUGAGCAAAUAUGAAACUAAUAUUUGUAUAAAACGGUCACUAUAUCCUGACAGUAGUGCAUGUUCCUCCUGUGCUCCUGAUGGCAUUUGCAAGAUUUCACAACA